CGGGGUGGAUCGAUCCGCUUUUCCGCGCGUAACGGCGCUGCGCACCGGGGACGCGCCCCACGCGCUCCUCUGUCGCUGUUGGAUCGCCGCGCUGGACGGAGGAGCUCUGCGGCGCGCUGUCUCGAUGGGAGGGUUCAGGGACCUGCCUCAUCCGGAGCCCUCCCCGCCUCGUGCCUUCACACCGCUGCGCGCCGCCGACACUCGAGCAUCCCCCUCGGACCGGCGCUCGGGACCGCGCGGCCAUGGCGCAGCGUCAUAGGCGCUCGGACUCGAACCCGCCGUUCGGCUUCGAACCCAUUCGCGACAGCUGCCGGUUCUGACCGAGGACCGGCGCGCGAGCCCGUCAUCGCGGCGAAUUUACGCCCCCCCGACCACCUGUCCAGCGCCGGGAGAAGUUUGUUGAAAGGAGGAGGGGGGUCGGGGAGAUGGCGGCUCCCGCCAACGGCUCGAGCGGCGGCUCCAACGUCUCCAGCAACCUCACCGCGCACCAGUUCGUGCAGCCGCUGUGGCGCGUCGCGCUCUGGUCCGUGGCGUACAGCGGCGUGCUCGCCGUAGCCGUGUUCGGCAACCUCGUGGUCAUGUGGAUCAUCCUGGCGCACAAGCGCAUGAGGACCGUCACCAACUACUUCCUGCUCAACCUGGCCUUCUCGGACGCGUCCAUGGCCGCCUUCAACACGCUCAUCAACUUCGUGUACGCGACGCACGGCGAGUGGUACUUUGGCGACGCGUACUGCAAGUUCCACAACUUCUUCCCCGUCACGGCCGUGUUCGCCAGCAUCUACUCCAUGACAGCGAUCGCGGUGGACAGAUACAUGGCCAUCAUCCACCCCCUGAAGCCCAGGCUGUCUGCAACAGCAACUAAGGUGGUUAUCUUCUGCAUCUGGGCCCUGGCAGUGAUGCUGGCCUUCCCACUGUGCUUCUACUCAACCACCCUGAAGAUAAAACUCAGAACGCUGUGCUACGUGGCCUGGCCAAGGAAGCUCACUGACCCUCUGAUGUACCACAUCAUUGUGGCUGCCUUGGUGUACAUGCUGCCCCUAAUAGUGAUGGGCAUCACUUACACCAUCGUGGGAAUGACGCUGUGGGGAGGAGAGAUUCCCGGGGACUCGUCGGACAAUUAUCACAGUCAGCUGCAAGCCAAGAGGAAGGUGGUGAAGAUGAUGAUCAUUGUGGUGGUGACCUUCGCCAUCUGCUGGCUGCCCUAUCACAUCUAUUUCAUCGUGCUCGGGGUCAACCAGAUGCUGAGCAAGCAGAAGUAUAUCCAGCAGGUCUACCUCACUGUGCUGUGGCUGGCCAUGAGCUCCACCAUGUACAACCCCAUCAUCUACUGCUGCCUCAACAGCAGGUUCCGGGCUGGAUUCAAGCGCGUGUUCCGCUGGUGCCCCUUCAUCGAGGUGUCCAGCAACGACGAGAUGGAGCUGCGCGCCAUGCACCACCACCCCACUCGGCAGAGCAGCACCUACACGCUGUCGCGCAUGGAGUCCAGCAUGGUGGUGGUCUAUGACCCCGCCGACGGGGACGCCCUGUCCUCCUCCAGGAGGAAGAGGCGCGGCUCCCGCCAGGCCAGCCUCAACGGUUGCCCCAGCAACAGCGUCAAGACCCCCUUGCGACCAAGCCUCUACAGCAGCACCAGCACGGAGGAGUUCUCCUGAAGGGCCUCGCUGCCCCCCCCCCCCACCCCUCCGUCCUCCUGG